AUGCCCAUGCGUGUGUUGACUCUCACUCUCCUCGUCCCGGCAGUCACCGCCAGUCUUCAACAUGUCCGACUCAAUAAUGCGCGCAAACAUCCUCGCGACGUGCUCAAUGCUGAAGCGGCGGUCUGUCCGGCAGUGCCUACCACGACCGUGCAUGUCCAGCCAGUCUACUACAGCGGAUACUUCGAGUACGACACGGUAAUCGAUCCUUUUGGCUGUGGGCAAAGCUAUACCGUCACGAAUUGCCCGACCACCAUUAUCAUCUACUCUACCAUAAGUAGUACCUUCUAUGCCACGGAGACAGUCACAACAGAGGAAGUGUCGUAUCUCUCUACAGACAGCGACACUGCGACGGGGCUGGGCACGUUGUCUACUGUGUCAACCUCCGGGGGUCUUCUAGGAACAACAAUAUCGUCGACAAGUGCCGGAAGCGCUUCAUUCCAGACGACAGUCACUGGCGCUUCGACCUCAGCGAACUCAGACGAUAGCUUGGCAACAGUGACAAGCUUGUCAAGCAGCACCGCAACGUCAUUAGUCUCAGCCAGCAGUUCCACUACUAUACAAGCCUCCGUCGCGCCAAAAAGCCUGGCGUCGAGUACUAGUACUAGCAUCGACCUGGGAUCGAGCUCGGCUGGUCCAAGUACAACAGCCUCAGCUGUGUCCGACUCUACUACGGCUACAAAUGCCACUGUCUCAAGCACGUCUUCCCCCCUCUCCACAUCCAACUCGAGUCCAACAUCAACAGCGACAUCAAAUGCGACAAACUCGACCGCGCCUGGUCUGUUCAUUGGUGAAGGGUUGCCGUCAGGUACGGUCUUUACUUUGCCUGAAGAGCAGUUCAUCAUUCUUGCGCUUGCUGGCGGAGGAGGUGGAGUCAGGCGAAGCAUACCGAACAUCCUACGCAGGCAGGCUUCGGACGGCUCGGACUCCGUUAUCACGGUAGUCGACCUCUCCGACUCUAAUGGUGUCGUGCCAAGCGUAGAUCAAGACAGCUGUGACUAUGCGACCACCUUCGUACUUCGUGGUGAUCAGAUUCUUCAGAACGGCACCAUUAUCGGGAAAGCCCUGGGCGCGAGAUCGGUCCCACUUGUAAUAUCGGAAACAACUGAAGUCAAUACAACCUUCUUCCUCAGCAAUGGGUACCUUGGAUGGGACACGACCGACGUUGGUGCUGCGGAGUUCUACAACUGCAACAGUGGACUGGUCGCAGCAUUUUCUGGCGGCGACACUGCAAGUUGCAGUACUGUAACUCUGGGCGCUGUAGCUGGUUCCGCUUGCUCCAGCAGAGUGGCGAGGACUCGUGCUGUCAAUGAGGCAUUUGCUGCGCCGACUCCGGCAUCUGCUACCUCGAGCUCGGACAAUAGUACUACUGCCUCUUCUACCUCGACCAGCGAUCAAAGCGCCCUGUCCACCUCCAGCGGUGCUACUGACUCCCCAAGCACAUCACAAACUCUGACGCUAGCAAGUCCGACAUCUCUUCAAAGUAGUGACGUAUCGACCUCGAGCUCCGCAACUGAUACCAUCACGAGCAGCAGUGUGCUUUCAGCGUCGUCUAGCAUCGUUGUCAAUGGGAGCAUCACAGCGUCGUCCGGUAGCUCAUCGGACCAAAGCAUCACGCUGUCCCCCACGAGCACCAGCACAACCGGCACACUUGUCAAUAGUACACUAUUGACUUCCUCUGUCCAGCCGACAACGUCAGACGUAACUUCAUCAUCGGCUAGCAUUGACAUAUCAGCCACGGACGUCUCGAACGGCGGCAGCACUGUCAGCACGGUCUUUUCAUCCUCAGAUAGCCCGGGCACAGGAUCGACUCCAACUGUGUCAUCGUUGACCGUGACUUCUCAAGUUUCGGCUCUUUCAUCCGCCUUAACGACCAGCAUCUUGAACUCGUCAAACUCUGCAUCUGCAGCAGCCACAUCGAGCUCAAGCACCUACGCAGGGCUCUUCUGUCGUCUCAACCGUGUACACGACUUCUACAACAACCUCUACCAUUGUGUCGGUGGCAAACAGUACGACACCCACAGUAUCAGCGCCGGGCUCGACAACCGUAACCACUUUCAACACGACGACGACGACGACGACAGAUUCCCAGACCACUUCUACUAUUCCAAGCUCAGCCUCUGCUCUUUCCACAACGACUGA